ACUCGCCAACAGCUUAGACUGUGUUUUAACUGGGCCUGUACAGGUAAAGUAGCGUCGUUACUACCACCCAUGGAGACGUUUCAAUAUCUCCACUCUCCAGCUGAUUCGCAGAUCUCAAAGUGCGUGGAUGAGGCUACAUUAUCACGGCCAUGACCGUGGACGCAGCAGUACAGAGCGCAGGCGGCGUGGAGCGCAUCUCCUCUUCUUCUCGGCACGUAGCAGCAGCUGUCAUGUGAAUCAGCUGGGCGAACAAGGAAGGAGAUAAACAACAACACGACUCCGUCUCUUUACAUCAAGAUUAUAGCUUCUGAGGAGGCAGGAUGGCGGGAGCAGAGGUGUCCUCCCCUGCAAACCCCACCUGCAAGAUUAUGACCUUCAGGCCCACGAUGGAAGAAUUUAAGGACUUCAACCAGUACCUGGUGUACAUGGAGUCUCAGGGUGCACACCGUGCAGGCUUGGCUAAGGUCAUCCCUCCUAAAGGCUGGAAGCCCCGUCGUACCUAUGAUGAUAUUGACGAUUUAAUGAUCGACGCUCCCAUUCAGCAGAUGGUGGCAGGCCAGUCGGGGCUCUUCACUCAGUACAACAUCCAGAAGAAGCCUCUUAGUGUGCAGGAGUUCAGGCGGUUAGCAAAUAGUGACAUGUACUGUACACCUCGUUACCUGAAUUAUGAAGACCUCGAGAGGAAAUACUGGAAGAACCUCACUUUUGUCUCACCUAUAUAUGGUGCGGAUGUCAGUGGCAGCCUCUAUGAUGAGAACAUAGAAGAGUGGAACAUUGGACACCUGAACUCCAUCCUGGAUGUUAUCGAGGAGGACUGUGGUGUAUCCAUACAGGGGGUCAAUACUCCAUAUCUCUACUUUGGAAUGUGGAAGACCACCUUCUCCUGGCACACAGAGGACAUGGAUCUGUAUAGCAUCAACUACCUUCACUUUGGAGAGCCCAAAUCCUGGUAUGCCAUCCCCCCGGAGCAUGGUAAACGACUGGAGCGCCUGGCUACAGGGUUUUUUCCCAACAGCUUUAAGGGCUGUGAGGCUUUUCUGCGCCACAAGAUGACCCUUAUCUCCCCCUCCAUACUGAAGAAGUAUGGCAUUCCCUUCGAUAAGAUAACUCAGGAAGCCGGAGAGUUCAUGAUCACCUUCCCGUAUGGUUACCAUGCUGGAUUCAAUCAUGGCUUCAACUGUGCAGAGUCCACCAACUUUGCCACAGUGCGCUGGAUAGACUAUGGCAAGGUGGCUACACAGUGCACAUGUAGCAAGGAUAUGGUGAAGAUAUCCAUGGAGCCUUUUGUGAAGCGUUUCCAGCCUGACCAUUACGCUAACUGGAUGCUGGGCAAGGAUUCAACUCUCAUUGACCACACUGUUCCCACUCCCAGUACAACACCGGAGCUGCAGAGUUGGUUGCAGAGGCGCCGUAAGACCAAGUCUACUAAUAAAGGCAGUCACUCUCGUAUGCGCUCCAAACGCCUCAGGACGACAGUGGAGCCAGUUGAUCUGGAUGGCAACUUAGAACUGAGCAGCAGCAAGAGAAAACCUCUGGGUGGUCAGUCUGGGACCAAGGCGAGAAGGUCUGCCGCUGGGACAGCCUACAAAGAACCAGAGAAAGGGAAGAAAAAGCAGGCUGAGGCCAAGCACAACCAGAAUCAAAACCUGCCUCAGCUUUCUGCCUGCAAACAAAUGUGUGUGGUCAAAGUAAACCGCGUUGAAAGUAAGAAUUUGGGGUUUUCUAAAAAGGAAACGUCUCAGUCAAGCUCCCAGGCUUUACCAGUGGAGGAUGAGCUAAAAGCAACCAAGACUGCCCAGGACCUCACAGGGAUCUUGAACAGGACUCCUGGGGCUUCUCGGGUGCACCUGGAAAUCAGCGACUCGAGAUGUUGUUCUUCUGGGCAGCAAGACCUUAACUCAUCUCACACAAACACCUUUGCAGAAACUCUAAUGAAAACAUGUCCUUCUGAACCUCAGGCUCACAUCUCAACUUCCUCAUCUUCAGAGCUAACGUUGAACUCUGACAGGAGCAUGCACACGGGUAUCAUGAAUUACACUAACAACACUGUAAAAGCAGAGAACAUGGACGUAGAUGUUGAUCCUAAACAUGUUAAGUCACACUCCAACACGAAAGCACUUUAUGAGCCAGCAGGGGGGGAUAGUCACACAUCAAGUGGCUUCGUCUCUGCCUCACAACACAUUCACAGUGUAGAAAUAGGCAGCACUGAGGAAAGCCUUUUACCUCCUCUUCUGAAGAGGAAUGCAGCAGACAUGCCACAGCUCACACCAGAGCCGGUUGGGAAGGUGGGCGCUUGCCCGUUGCCACCUGUGUUGACCCAGGAGAUGCCUUCCCUCACCCCUGCCGAUGAUGAGCUCACUCAUUUCCCCAAAUCUGGAGCGUUCAGCCACCAGGUUGCGCCCGUGCUUCAGAGGGAGACGCCAACCGGCUCGCCGUCCUCACAGGAAGCCAGGGAGGAAGGUUCUCAUUUAAGGCCAGCAGAACCGUGUGCAGUGGACCGUGACAACCGCUGGCAUUUAGAGGCUCCAAUUAAUCGCAAGGAAGCAGCAGUGCCUGGUUUUGAAACAAACACAGCUCGUUUAGAUGACAGUAGUUUGCACAAAAGAACAUCUGGCUACGUCCCUGAAAUGUUAAUGAAAUCUGCUCCACAAAGGAAUCACGCAACACUGGAAAGUUUCAUUCCUGAGCAAUGUGAUGCAACUCAGAGCCAGCUAGUUCAGAGAAGUACACCUCAUAGAGAUGCACGAACCAGCUUGCCUGAUCCGCAUAAAGACAACUACAAAGCUCAGAGAGACGGUACCUGCAGUCCAAACAUCCCUCUGUCAUCGGCUAACACUGGUAAUAUUGCCCAAACCUCUGUUUCUUCACUAUGGGCUCAACAUGAGAACCACUCAGCAUUAAAACCCAACCAUCACACUAUGUAUACUAAUUGUUCAUCCCAGCACAUCGAGCCUAAAACCUCCUCCAGUAUUAUCUGGAAAAACUUUACUUUGCAGAGUCCUGCAGUUCUCACUCAGAGUCUGCACCCAGAUCUCCCAUCUGACCUCUCCCAUGACCCUCUACCUUACACCAUGUGGACUGAACCUCGGUGCAAAGAGGUUACAGACCUUGAGGACCCUGCAAAGGAUCUUCGCAGAUCAGAGAACCAGGAAGAUGAAGGUGGGGCUCUCACCUGGGCCCAGCUCGAGCCCACCUCACUCCUUACAGUCGGUGCUAUCGAACCUCUGGGACUUUGUGAAGAUUACGAGUUGCAGAAGAACGAAGAGAACGGGCCUGAAUCCAUUUCGAGACAAAGAGAGGCUGAGGUGUGUUUACAUCCUGAGAGGGAAAUAUCGCUUCACAGGACAGGAGCGGGAGAGCAGGAUGAAAUGUCUGACAUGGAGGAGGGAGGAGAAUCUGAUUGUGAAGAUGCUGAGCAGCAAAGUAGUGCAAAGGGACAGAGCAGCAGGGAUUCUUCUGAGGAAGAGGAGAACGACACAAAUAACUACAAGUGUGAUGAAUCUGGCCUUGAACCUGGGGAGGUUUGUGCUUACCCAGCCCUGUCAGCCAAGAGGACUACCAAGAGCUGGCGUCACCCUCUCAGGAAACCCACCGCAAGAGCCGUGCCCACAGCCGUGAAACAGCAGACUGCCAGUGACGAGGGCAAAACACUGUUUGCGGCGGAAAACUAACACUGCACCUCACCCUGAACACAUCUUCCUCACCGGUGGUGGCAGCAUCAUGCUGUGGGAAGGCUUUACUUCAGCAGGCAGAGGAAAUCUGGUCAGAGUUGGUGUGAAGAUGGAUGGAGCAAAAUGCAGAUAAUCCUGGAAGAAAAACCUGUUAAGGGGUGCAAAAGACUUGAGACCGGGGCAGAGGUUCCCCCUUCCAGCAAGACAUCGACCCUAAACAUUCAGCUAGUAUGGGAGGCGUUAGAUACCGGCAUGUUUAUGUGUUACCGUGGCCUGGCCAAAGACUUAAGUCCAUUUGAAAAUCUGUGGCAACACUUGAAAAUGGACUGAGCCUGAGCUAUUUUGCAAAGAAGAAUGGACUCAAAUUUCUAUCCCUACUUGUACAGAGCUGGUAGAGACACUUCCACCAAUAACUAAAAUCUGUAACUGCAGUGAAAUGUAGUCCUGCAAAGCAUUGACUCAGGAGGGCUGAAGACAAAUGCCUGCCACACUUUUAAAAUUUAAUUUAUGAAAUACUUUCAAAGUUAUGCAUCAUCUUUUUGUAUGUUUAUUGCAUAACAUCCCAAUAAAAUCCACUGAGGUUCGUGGUUAUAAUGUGACAAAAUUCGAAAAGGUUCAAAGAGUGUGAAUACUUUAGCUAAGCGCUGUAACUAAUAAUUUUCUGUAUCAUCAACUCAAAUGUGUCCUUUCCCACAGUAAAUCAUUCUGCUCUGUGGUCUGUCCCUUCUCUCCAUAUAUUCUAAAUGAUCUGAACUCCCACCACCAUGACCAAGAUCAUGCCUCUGACGUCAAUGCACUCAUAAACAUUUAAUUGUCUGGCCUGCAACAACGCGCUGACCUUUUCACAGAUGAUCUAUUUGUUUUCAUGUUUGUUUUAAAAAAACGCGGGAACGAGGGUCCUCCUUAGCAACUGUUGAUAGCCAUAUUUAUUAUCUCCAUGAUUGUGAAAGAGGAUGAAUAAUUCAGCAGCCACUAUAGCUGUUUAUCUCAAAGACCAUGGCUUUGUUAGGACUCUUUCAUAUUAAGUCCAAAGAAUAAUAGUUUUUUGUUUAAAGACAGGUGAAGUACCUGAUCCUGCUACUUCAGGCAACAGUUUCGUCUGUGGAGUGAUUAGAUUUAACUAAGCAGCACGAGCGCCAUAAACACAAGGGGGGGACGUAUACGUGCUACCACUUUCCAAGCUCAGAAUGUGCAUUAAUUUUAGGCUUAAAAUAGCCGCGAUUAACAAGCAUUCAUACUGCAAUCGUCAUCGCUUUGACCAGUGUACUGGAUGAGUACUCAGCCUUGUUAGUGCCAGCUGACAAAAUAAAAUGGUAUUUAUUGGGAAAUACACAACUCGUCAUCCAUACAGUUCUCAGAUAUACUCCAUUGUGUUACAGAAGGAGGGAAAAUGUUGGAUAAAAUUUCAUUUCUGAUAAUAGAAGCUCCUAAAUUAGCUUGUAUUGAUGAUUAUGAAUCCCAAAUUCCAUCUCGAUGAGAGAGUUACAUAAAAAAACCACAAACACAUCCAGCUUUGAGAUGAACUAAUACCAUAUGUGGAUGUCAGACAAUUUGUUAGCAGCCAUUCACUAAGUGGGGUACCUGCCUGUGGAUAUUCAGUGAUUUCAUUAGCAAUGCCUCCUUAAUAAGUUUAUACACCUGUGCUUCCCUGUUAAUGCAUAUUACAGCGGUUAGAAGGAUUCACUACUACUUAGCGUUGAAGAGCUUUUUCAUCACAUUGCAGACAUUGUAACUAUAGUUGCAGGAUAUAUAUUUUCUUUGAUACACGCAAUCAGUUUUUGUUGUACUAACAGAAGGCUAUUACAGAUCAGGGCAUUAUUGUGACACCAGAUGAGAUCAACAUACUGAACAUUUUUGGUUGUAAUGGUAAUCUAAAACGUAUUCAUUAGCCAACUUUUUCAACAAUAAUGAGAAAAUAAACUUUUAGCUAGUGUUUAUUUUGAACACGAGAGGCUUUAAGUCUUUAAUUGUCGCUGUGCAGCACAUUUUUUGACCAAACUAACUUGACGGCUAUUCCACUCAGGUUUAUGUUCAGGGUUCCCUGUAGGAACUUCCUACACAUCUUUUAUGUUGAUACUCCAGACUCCGAUCUCCUAGGUCCUCAGAACGUUUUAGCCUAAGUUUUAAAUGAACAAGUACAGAAGUUCUGUAUGACAUAUAGCAGAUAUUUUUUAUAGCGGUCAGGUUUGAAUGUGAAAUCUAAAAAAAACAAAAAACCCCAAAAAACAGACAAUGUUACAAAGUAGAUGUUAGGAAAAACACGUGCACAGAGGGAUGGAUCGCUUGCUUGAGUUAUACGAUAAACUGAUGAAUAAGGAAUGGAAGGACAAUUGGACGGAUAUACAGCCCUAUGGGUGAAUGGAUGGGUGGGUGGUGGAAAAAUGAUAAAUUGUUUGAUUGAUGGAUGAUAGGUGAUGGGCAACUGCUAGGUGGUUGGAUGAUGAUGGAUGGGCAAUGAAUGGAUAGAUGCAUACAUCUUUAAAGAAUAGGGAAUAAAGUCCUAAAAUUUAAAAAUAUUUCCAUGCUCUGUUUUCUUUUUCCAUACUUGUUCAGACUUGGAAAACACUUAAAUCAAUUUUCUAACUUUCCUAUGCUUUUCCAGAUUGUAUAGGAACCCUGUCAAGGCCAAAGGUUUUGGAAGUGAAACUAAUUCUCUAAUUCAAUUCAAUUCAAAUUCACUUCAAAAAUACUUUAUUAAUCCCAAAGGGAAAUUAAAUUAGUCCUAAAGUUCAAAAAGUGAGCAUAAAAACUUUCAGACAUUACUGCUUUUACUUAAAAGCUUUAUCACGUGAAAGAAAAUGCUGCUAAGAAUAUUUUAGCACACAAAAUAGUUUCAGAUUAUCAAGGGCUUCAUGGCAAGAUGUUCAAAAGCAGGGAAAUUGGCUUUUUGACCUCAGAGCAUCCAGCAAGCAUCAGGACUUUCUCCUCCUGAAGGUGGACUUUGUGUUUGCACCAGUGCAGAGCAGGCUCAAAAUUAAAGCAGGUGGUUUUGAGUACAUCUGCAUGCGCAGUGAAGCGAAGACUUUUGCGCAACAACUUU